GGGUAGCAGGAAGAGUCUAGGUGUGUAGGAGGGGGACUGCCUUACUCAUGUGACAAUUGCAUUGGUCCUCUGCCCAACCUGCCCAUACCCCUCUCCUCAGCUGGAGUCCACCCCAGGCUGGAGAACUGCAGUGCCAUGUGCUGCCCCUGUGGAAUGGGGAACAGGGGCACUCUGUUGGGAGCAUCCCCUGCUCCCCCCAGGCAGGAGGGUGCUGAGACAGCAGCUCAGCUCACUACCUUGGGGCUGGGGUGAUUUUAUCUGCAGGAUUUCCAAAGGCUGUAUGCCCCAGGGAGGAGGAAGAGGAGGAGGAAGAAUACAGGAGACCUGUCACCUUCACCCUGGGAAAUGAGAUAGUGGGGCUGAGCCCAGAGACCGAGUUUCAGAGCCCUGAUGCUGAGGUCUAUAUGCACUUCUUGAGGAGCCACUGCUGUUAUGAUGCCAUCCCCACUAGCUGCAAGCUCGUUGUCUUUGACAUCUCCCUGGAGAUCAAGAAAGCCUUUUUGGCACUGGUGGCCAACGGGGUGCGUGCUGCCCCUCUCUGGGACAGCAAGACACAGAGCUUUAGGGUACAGGCAGCACUGCCCACCCCAUGUAUCUUCACAGGGAUGCUCACCAUCACUGACUUCAUCAACAUCCUCCACCGCUACUACCGCUCACCUUUGGUUCAGAUCUACGAGGUGGAGGAGCACAAGAUUGAGACCUGGAGAGAGGUGUACCUGCAGGGCUCCCUCAAGCCACUGGUCCACAUCUCUCCGAGCAAUAGCCUCUUCGAUGCUGUCUACUCCCUGAUCAAGCACAAAAUCCACCGCCUGCCUGUCAUUGAGCCUGUCUCGGGCAAUGUCCUGCACAUCCUGACACACAAGCGCAUCCUCAAGUUUCUCCACAUCUUUGGUUCUACCAUCCCCAAGCCACGCUUCCUGAAGAAAACACUGCAGGAACUGUGCAUUGGCACCUUCCGUGAUCUGGCCGUCGUGCCUGAGACUGCCCCGAUCUACACUGCCUUGGACAUUUUUGUGGAUCGCCGUGUCUCUGCCUUGCCUGUCAUCAAUGAUUCUGGGCAAGUGGUUGGCCUGUACUCGCGGUUUGAUGUCAUUCACCUGGCAGCUCAGAAGACCUACAACAACCUGGACAUCAGUGUGAGGGAGGCACUGCAGCAACGCAGUAUCUGUCUGGAGGGGGUCCUCACCUGCUACCCCCAUGAACCUAUGGAGGACAUAAUUGACCGCAUUGCCAAGGAGCAGGUCCAUCGCCUGGUUCUGGUGGAUGAGAACCGGUACCCGCGGGGCAUUGUCUCCCUCUCUGACAUCCUGCAGGCCCUUGUGCUCACUCCUGCAGGUAUCGAUGCUCUUAACUCUUAGCCCACGGUGCUCUACCUUUCUCCACUUGCACCCUCAAUUUCUCUCCACUUCAGGUAGGCGCUACCCCCCCCAUUGCUGUGUGCCUGUCCUCUCCCUGCUGCUGGGUCACCUGCCUCUGCCCCAUCCAAAGUGGUCCUGGGGGAUGGAGGAGGCUGGGGCUAGGGUGUGGCCAUGCUGGCUGCACAGGUGAGGACAGCAGGACCCAGAUGCUGCUUGUCCCAGGGGUACACAAAGAUCAUAGGGGAUCCCUGGUGACUGUGAGGAAGGAUGGGGGCACCUUCCAUGGAGACACUCAGCCAGAGCCCCAUUCAGGCAUGUAGAAUGCAGGUUUGGCAGGUUCCUGGGCUUUGGGCUGGAUGAGGGCUUUACAGUGUGAUGCACCCCAAGACAAAAGCCUAUUUUUGAUCUUGCCUAAAUUCUCCCCCAAUCCCCCCCCCACCCCGGGAUCUGAGCACAUCCAGUGUCAUUCCCAAGGGACACAGAGUGAACAGACCCCCACUUGCACACCCCAGACAUGCUGCCCACCAUUAGCCAAAAGCAAAAUGUGGCCAACUCGUGGGCCCCAGCUGGCAGAGCCCCCCAUCCCCUCCACUUGCAGCAGCCCCAAAACUGUCUGUUCCAGAGUCAAGGCUCACUCCCAGGUGGCACUGGAACCACACUGCCUGGCCACCUACACUUGGCUCUGCUCACCCACUGCCUGGUGAAUCCUCACUGUCUGUGGGUGGGCAUGAUCCUGGCACCUCUUCAGGGGUGAAAUGACAAGAGGGGAGCUGGCUCCAGUUCCCAACUGCUUCCCGAAGGUAAUUCUGCUUUUUCGGGUGGUGGUAGACAAUGGGUUGGGACAGGCCUGUGCCUACCACUUCCCCCAGCAGUGCCCAGCUGCUCUGCACAGAAGGGGACAGGGAAUGGUGUGUGUUAGCCAUACAUGGGAUAUCCCCCCUCCCCCCAUUCCCCCAUCAUGGUGCCUUCGCUCACCCUAUCCCUGUUGCCCACAGGGGUGGCUGUGUCUGGAGCUGCAGGGGGUCACUGAGAUGUCCCUCUCUAGCCAAGCUGCCCUCCCUCCUACCCCAGGGCUUGCAUACAAGCAAGGAAUGGAGGAAAGACCCCAGUGUCCACUUGGAUGGUUGGAGGGGCCAUAUCAGAGGGUGCCCAGUCCAGCACUGGUUUGGAGUUAUGGUGUCACACGCUGUCUUACCCCACAGGCAUCGAUCGAUCCUCACUCUGAAGACACCAGGGAAAUGCCACUGUCUUGUCUGACUGGGGGACCUCCUGCAUGACCUGUGAGAAGGAGGCUUGGGCCUGAAGGUUCUCUGUGAGGAGGACAUGCAUGUUCACCCCAGUCCUCGGGCUCGUCUUGAGUCCAGGACUAGAUCCUGCCAGUCUUGGAGAGGCAGAAACACUGAAAAUGGGACCCAGGGGUGCCUCCUGCCAGUGAGCACGCAGUGAUGCUCAGUGGGCACUGUGCUGGAGGGGCUGCAACAUGCCUGCAGCUGGGCAGAGACCCAUAGAGCCCCAGAGGACCUCACCACCCCUCUGCCAUCCAGCUGAUGGAUUUGAGCAUUUCUAUUGUGGCUCCCUCCUAGUGAACACAGUCCCACUGUCUGUGCCCGGUGCCUGGUAGCAUAGGCUCAGCUGCACACACAGGCUUUUUUAUUUUAGGGUCACAUGGGGCCGGAGCUCUUUGGCAGAGGUACAGUCUGUGCCAGAGCUGGCAGCAGGAUGGGCGCUUGCAUGGAGACCCUGUGCACGUUUUGGGGUGGGCAGGGUGGGCAAAUAUUUAUUUGUUAGUCUGUUCAAUCUUGCUGUAACAAAGUAGCCUGAUCCAAG